AUUCGCUUCAAGAAGCUGUUGAAGUAAACAACGCGAGAAAUGCACUGCAAAUGGAAAUGGAACUGGACUGAACUGCUGCCUCAGCUGAUGCUGAUGCUGCUGGGCUUGGCAGUGGGAUCGGAGCUGUAUGGCGAUAUACGUACAGCACUCGAAUUUGAGUCACUAAGUCUAACGCACACGAAUCUGUGUCAGCGCGAACUGCCUGCCGUCUUCUUUCAGACUCACAAGGAUCAGCCGGUGCGUGGCAAUGGCUCCAGCAUCUAUUUCCAGCGAGUCGAACAGUGCUGCGCUGGUUAUCGAACAGAUCCGUAUAGCGGGCAAUGUGUGCCGGAUUGUGGGCUCAAUACGCCGGACAACUGCCGGAACGGCUUCUGCCGCGUCACGGGCCAGUGCGAGUGCUUCCCGGAAUUUGUGCGCAACGAGCAAGGUGCUUGCAUACACACCUGUCCGAUCGCCUGCCAGCACGGACUCUGCUAUCUGAAUGGCACCUGUGUUUGCCAACCGGGCUAUAUUCUGGAUCCGGAGACUCGACUCUUUUGCCGUGCCCGCUGCCCCAAGGGCUGUGGCACGCAUGAGCAGUGCGUGGCGCCCGAUAAAUGCGAGUGCUUGCCGGGCUAUCGACAUAGCCCCGAGCUGGGCUGCCAGCCCAUCUGUGCGCCGGACUGUGGCUACGGGAAAUGCGUGGCGCCCAAUCAAUGCGAAUGCAUUCCGGGCUUCAUCAAGCGGCGACAGCGCAACGUCUGCGAGGCUGAAUGCUAUCUACAUUGCGAGAAUGGCUUCUGUGAGUCGCGCUUCAAAUGCAACUGUCGUACGGGAUAUCAAUAUGAUGUGAACACGACCAGCUGCCUGCCGGUUUGCCCGGACGACUGUGGGCGUGGCAAUGGAGUGUGCAUUGCGCCUGGCAUCUGUCGCUGCUUCGAGGGCUACGAGCUGCGCGGCAACAGCUGUGAGCCCAAGUGCGAGAGUCAACUGUUUUGUAACUAGCCACAGCUAUGAUAAAAUCUAAAGAAGCACAGUUUUCAUUUCUGUAUCUAAAUAUUCAUGUUAAACGUAUACAGAUUUUCCGAAAGAUAUUUUAUUUUAAAAUUGUUCAUUAAAAUUAUAAAUAUUUUGGUUUCUAACAGAAACUUAAUUUAGAAAAUUUUAAAAAUAUUCUUUAUGUUCUUUUAUGUCAAAUCAAGAUAAAUUAAAAAAAUAUACAAAUAAUAUAAAAAUUAA